CUCCUCUUCCAGUCUAUCCGUGAGGUGACAGGCUAUGUGCUGGUGGCUCUGAACCAGUUUGACUACCUGCCGCUGGAGAACCUGAGGAUCAUCAGAGGAACUAAGAUGUAUGAAGACCGCUACGCUCUGGCAAUCUUCCUCAACUACCGCAGAGAUGGGAACUUUGGCCUGCGCCAACUGGGACUGAAGAACCUCACAGAGAUCCUACAAGGCGGUGUGUAUGUCGACCAGAAUAAGUUCCUGUGCCAUGCAGACACCAUCCACUGGCAAGAUAUCGUCAAGAAUGCCCGCGUCAGCCCUCUGGUGGUGCCCACCAAUAGCAGUGUUACAUGCCAGAAGUGUCACAAAUCCUGUAACGGUCGCUGUUGGGGCCCCAAGGAGGACCAGUGUCAAAGCUUGACUAAGACUGUGUGUGCUGAGCAGUGUGACGGUCGCUGUUUCGGACCCUGGGUUAGUAACUGCUGCCAUCGCGAGUGUGCAGGCGGAUGCUCCGGACCCAAGGAUACGGACUGCUUCGCGUGCACCAACUUCAACGACAGCGGGGCGUGUGUGACCCAGUGUCCCCAGCCCUUUGUGUACAACCCCACCACCUUCCAGCUGGAAAGCAACCCCAGAGCCAAGUACACCUAUGGUGCCUUCUGCGUCAAGAAGUGCCCACAUAACUUUGUGGUGGACCACAGCUCCUGUGUGAGGGCUUGUCCCAGCAACAAGAUGGAGGUGGAGCAGAACCGCAUCAAGAUGUGCAUCGCCUGCACUGACAUCUGUCCUAAAGCCUGUGAUGGUAUAGGUACAGCCAGUCUGCAGUCUGCUCAGACCGUGGACUCCAGCAACAUAGAGAAGUUCACCAACUGUACCAAGAUCAAUGGAAACCUGGUCUUCCUCAUCACUGGCAUUAAAGGGGAUGUGUACCACAACAUUAAAGCUUUGGAUCCAGAGAAGCUGAAUGUGUUCCGGACUGUUAGGGAGGUCACAGGUUUCCUGAACAUCCAGUCGUGGCCAGAGAACAUGACAGACCUGAGUGUCUUCUCCAAUCUGGCAACCAUAGGAGGCAGAGCUCUAUACAGUGGUAUCUCUCUCCUAGUGUUGAAGCAGCAGUGGAUCUCGUCCCUCCAGCUCCAGUCCCUGAAUGAGAUCAGUGCUGGUAACGUGUACAUCACCAAUAACAGUCAGCUGUGCUACUACAACACCGUCAACUGGACCGGCCUGUUCAGAGCCAACAACCAGAAGGUCCUCAUACGCAACAACAGAGACCCUAAAGAGUGUACUACUGAGCAGAUGGUGUGUGACCCUCUGUGUUCGGACGCUGGCUGCUGGGGGCCGGGACCAGACCAGUGCCUAUCCUGUCGCUACUUUAUUAGGGGACGCAUCUGUGUGGACACCUGCAAUCUCUAUGAAGGACUGACAGGCUCUAGGUCCAGGCAGCCAUCGGGCCCCUUCGUGGUCGAGAAGCGUGAGGCCAGUUUGGAGAGGGAGGUGCGUGAGUAUGACAACGGCUCGGUGUGUGUGGAGUGUGAUGCCCAGUGUGAGAGAGCAGAUGGUGAAUCCCUGACCUGUCAUGGCCCGGGUCCGGAUCACUGUGUGAAGUGUCUCCACUUUAAAGAUGGUCCUAACUGUGUGGAGAAGUGUCCCGACGGCCUUCAAGGGGCCAACAGCUUCAUCUUUAAAUAUGCCGAGGCCAACAACGAGUGUCAUCCCUGUCACUCCAACUGCACUCAGGGGUGA